AUGACCGACGUGACCAUGACGGAACCCGUAGACCUGUCAGGAGACGGUGGCGUACUCAAGGAUACGUACGUUGAAGGAUCGGGUGAAUGUCCGCCCGCCGGAUACGAGAUUUGCGCUCAUUACACCGGCACGUUGCUAGACGGGACCAAGUUUGACAGUUCCCGCGAUCGGAACUCGGAAUUCAAGUUUGUGCUGGGUAAAGGCAACGUAAUCAAGGCGUGGGACUUGGCCUUUGCUUCAAUGAAAGUUGGCGAGAAAGCUAUCCUGACGUGCAAGCCCGAGUACGCAUACGGCGAGAGCGGGAGUCCGCCCAAGAUCCCGGCCAAUGCGACGCUUCAGUUUGAUGUGGAGCUGCUGGGCUUCAGCCCUAAGGCCAAGGAGAUGUGGGAGAUGGACGCCGAGGAAAAGAUUGCCGAGGCGACCAAGCUCAAGGCAAAGGGAACAGAGCAGUUUAAAGCCAAAGAGUUUGACGUCGCCGCGGCCACGUACGCUCAUGCGGCGUCGUAUAUGGAAGACAUGUACGACGUGAAUGAUGAGGACAAGGAGACGAUGAAGCAGUUGCAGACCACGUGCUUUUUAAACGCCGCCAUGGCGUAUCUGAAGGUGGAGAACUAUGGGGAAGCAGUGUCGGUAGCCACCAAGGCGCUGAAUAAUGAACCGUUUAAUGUCAAGGCGCUGUACCGCCGUGGCGUCGGCCGCAUGUACCUAAACGACCUGGAGCGCGCAAAGGAAGAUUUGCUGGCUGCUGGCAAGCAGGACCCGGCCAACCGCGACGUUCGUCGUGAAUUGGAAGUACUCAAGAAGAAGAUGAAGGAGGCGCGUGAGAAGGAGAAGAGUGUGUUCGGCGGCAUGUUUGGCAAGGUGUCCAUGUACGAAGACAAGUCGGCUGUGGAAGAUGAGCCUGAGUUGGAUCCGAACAACCCGAAGGUGUUCUUUGACAUUAAGAUUGGUGAGGAGGACGCCGGCAAGGUUGUGAUGCAGCUGUACAAGGACGUGUGCCCGAAGACGGCUGAGAACUUCCGUGCACUGUGCACGGGCGAGAAGGGUAACUGCACGACGGGCGAGCCGCUGCAUUACAAGGGCAGCUCAAUCCACCGCGUGAUCAAGAGUUUCAUGAUCCAGGGCGGUGACUUCACGCGUGGCGAUGGCACAGGCGGCGAGAGCAUCUACGGUGAGAAAUUCCCGGACGAAAACUUCAAACUCAAGCACACGGAGGGAGGUCUGUUGUCUAUGGCCAACGCCGGUCCAGACACGAACGGGUCGCAGUUCUUUAUCACGACUGUGCCCACACCACACCUAGACGGCAAGCACGUAGUGUUUGGCAAGGUCGUGGAGGGUUUCGAGAUUGUGAAGCGUGUGGAAGAUCUGGAGACGGACAAGGGUGACAAACCCACUCCACCUGUCGUCAUCACUGACUGUGGCAUGUAUGAGGAGGCGGCAUAG